GAAACAAUUCAGACUUAUUAGUAUAAGAAAACCAUCAGAUAUAAAGAGAAUCCAGAAGUGUGGUGGGGCGACAGGUGGAAGGACAUUACCUUUAACAGCAUAGAACUACAAGGCGACACAUUUGUUGGAAGUUAUUUUGCUAAAUGACAGCUCUCAAACCAAAUAUGGAUCUAUUCACCGUGGCCUGUACAGUGACCAUGUUUUUGCUGCUUAUCUCAAGCAAUGAGACAGCUGCUACCACCAGGAACAGAAGUAGUACAACAUGUUGUGGGCGCAGGUUCUAUACACGCUUGAGAUCUGUUUGUCCACGACUGGUCGUUGUUGGGAAACGAUCCAUUUUCGAAGAUUCAGAGGUCAAUCAUUUAAAGAUUAUCAGAAAAAGGACGCUAGCCUCGCCUAUGUUAGCUGAGAUUUGUUGUCGGAGAGAGUGCAAUCGUCAAACUCUCAAGCGUUGCUGCAGACAUUUAACAGUUAAAUAAUUAUGUGACGUGGCAGAUACUUGAACAGAUUCACUGCUUAGUAACUUGUUUACCAAGUGAAAUACGAUUACUGACAGGAAUACACUAAGUAGAUAUGAAGGAUUACAAAGAGGGUUUUUCCCAAAGGAGUGCACCAUUAUUUAUUUAAGCAUCUAAUUUAUUUAUUUAUAGUUUAAUUAUUAUUUAUUAUUGUAUUGUACUUUUUACUAUUUUUGGCUCUUUUGCAAUGACGAAUUAGAAACGUGAAAAGGUUAACUAGAUGGAGUAACAAACUUCAAAGACAGAAAUGUAUACUAAAAAAGAAAGUACAAUGUCUUCUUAUUUUACUUGAAAUAAUUAGCCAACAGUUCACUGCUUAGAAUAGACAUGUACAUAUAUGUUUUUAAUAUGCU